CGCUCGUUCACCCCUCCAUCAAUAUUCACAUUCGCUUCCUCAUUCGUUUUCUUUUCAAUUUUCAAACCCCACACUCAGACAACUACCGUAUCAGUCAUGGCAGAUAUCAGCAACAACAAGUCGUCAAUGCUGACCGCCCGUCAAGAGCACUAUCUCAAGAAAUACCUCCUUGGCGUCCUCAUCAACAGAGAAGUCGAGGGUUUACGGGAAGAUCCUUAUAAAACUCUCCCUAAUCUUGGGGGGCCCUUUGAUCCCAAAAAUGAGCAUACACAAUCAACUAUUCCAUUCCUCCGUCACUUGUUCAAGUCCAUUGUUGUCCCAUUUCCUUUCCUAAAGGAUCCAAGUUCCAAAGGUGAACUUUGGCCAAAGCUUCAAUUGUUCAUUCAAGAAUGGACUAAAUUGGAUGGUGCAAGCAACGGAGUAGAGCGUGAGGAGAUGAAGCGUCGGAAACGGCUAAGGAAUAAAGCCGAAAAAAUGGUGGUACUGAUGUAUUCAAUGGCCGUCAAGACUGUAAAGCAACGAGAACAAGAACGAGAACAUAAAUAUGAGCAAGGAGGAAAAGAACAAGAAUUGGAAAGCAAUCUUGCAGAGUUGCAAUUGAGCACUACUACAGAACCAAUAACAGGCCCAUCGCUGCUUAUCCAUGGAAUGCGUAUCAAUGUUGCUGGUAUCCGGAUCAUCAAGGAAAAACGACAUGUGCGCGAGCAUGAACACCCUGAAUUCUUGGUAUCGAGCAUGCUGACAGAUGGCAAAGAAUACGUAGUUGCCAGACGACAUGGUCAUUUCCGUCGCUUAUAUAUUGCGCUUGGAGAAGAAUUCCCUCAAUACGAAUUCUCAUUACCUCCCAGGAAGUUCUCUGCAAAGUCUGGCUCAUCUGGUGCCAGAAUUGCGCGUGAAAAGGAUCGAGUCAGUCUUCGUGGAUAUCUUCAUAACUUAGCCAAGGUUUCACCAGAAGUGGUUAAUUCCUCGAUUUUUAUUGGCUUCCUCACCAAGGAACCCAUCGAAACCCUGACAACAGAGGAAGCCAAUGACAUUCGGGUCCGUGCUGCGCUGGACAAGCAUCGACAGGAGCAGCAGGCGAAGUUCGAUCGAGAGGUCGCUAAAAAAGUACAAGAGCUUGAUUCCCAUAUGAAGCAAGUCAAGAUGGACCUGCUUAAACCAGGAGGCGUUUCUCGUCUAUUCAGCGCGUUAGGCAAAUACGACAAAGUGGAAAAUUUACCACCGUUGUAUCAAACUGUAUUUGAAUGGGGCUGUAUGAGCCUCGCGUCAACGUUAUAUCAUGUCUUUUCGGCUUCGGAUGACGCGACUUUAAAUUUCACGCAACUCAAGCGGACCCAUACGCUGAUGCCGUACAAAACCAUGUGGGGGAUUCUCAAGGUCUCGAACCCGAUAGCCAUGAUGAAGGGUAUCAUGGACUUAUUUUUGGCACAACCCUUUGGGCGUCGUAGUCUCAUGCAGCGCAUUAUAUCAGUGAACAUUCAAGAAGAGAUCUCCGAGUACAAGAAGAACGUGACGCAAUUGGAGACCGUCAUCAAUGAUCCCGGGCUAUGUGAGAAGAUCAAGAACUAUGUCUAUGCGCCCAAGGCCGUUAUCGACAGUAUCUUCCCUGAUGGGGAUACGAGGAAUAAGGGCCUUUAUGACAUUACAGAUUUAGGGCUCGUGAUGGACGUACUAAAGUCAAAUACCAUACAACCAUCUCUUCAGCCAACCCAAAUCAAGCGUGUCUGGGAUGCUCAACAGCAACUCGAGAAAAAUGAGGCAGAGAAGGAGCGUCUUAUUAAACAGCGGCAGGCAUUCUUAGAAGGAGAAUAUGAUGAAGAUAGUGAUAACAGUGAAAGUGAAUAUUCUAAUUCAGAAGGACCAGAUUCAUCAGAAGCAGAAACGUCUGCUCAACGUAGCGAGAAAAGCCGUCUCAAACUGAGUUCUAGUUCCAACCAUAGGCAUCAGGCUCAACACCAGGAGCAGAGUAAUUUAAUUCAAUUGCUGCAGCAACUAUUGGUGACGCAAGUGCGGAUUCGGGAUAAGGAGCGAAUGAUGGGAUUAAUCUUUCAGGGUGUGGCGGGUGAGAUCUUCAAGGAGCUUAUUUCGAUCUUUUAUGAGCCCUUAGUCCAAGUCUACAAAAGUGCAAACAUUGCGGAUAGUCUCAUGGAUGUGAAAGACUUUGUUGAUGAGUUAGUCAAGAUUGUGGAACAGGCUGAUGUCAACGAUGACGAACAUGGCAACAGCGCCUCUAUUUCGACACUCUACCUAAAUUUGGUCAAGAAGCAUCUCCCCAGUUUCUACAAAUUUGUCCAUUCUGUCCAUAAGCAGGAAGAUGGGCUCUUCCGGGAUCUGCUUGAAUGGGUCGAAAGUAUUCUCGCCUUUAUGAGAACAGGCUAUGCGCAUCCACAGGUCAAUGAAGAGACCAAUCAGGAAGCCCGUGUCACAAUUGACUUGGAUACAUUCUUGAAGGCUCAAAUCCAGGAGUCUCAGUGUUCAGAAUUACAAAAGGAAGCAGAGUUAUUGCGAGAGUAUUUCAGUCAAGUCAAGGACCAAAAGCGCGAAAAGGUUCGCCACAUGGCUGGAUUAGAUCGCGCCAGCAACGAUAAUAGUGCAAGUGAUGGUGAUAACGACGGGGGCCAAUCUAGCGUACUUUCAUUACAAGAACAGCAAGAUCGUGAGCGCGAAAGAAUUGCAAAGGAAUUGAGAGGGAUGGGCGUCUCGCAGGAGGACGUGGAAGAAUUUGAGAUGGUCAACUAUAAUAACCACGAUGAUAGUGAUGAUGAUGAGGAACCUGAAAGAGGGCAAGGAGACACCUUAAGAUUAAAAGCACCUAAGGUCCCGAUCAUUGACACACUCCAAGACCCGUUUGUCAAACUGCUGGACAAAGCUCUAUUCCAAUUUGCUCGCGAAUAAAUUGUAAAAAGAGGUCGGUCAAUAGAGUUAGGCGUAUUUAAAUUUUGAAAAAAAGAAAAAAAAACGCUUUCCUAGCAAGGUAUUUACAUAUUUACAUGAUCUAUCUUCUUAUUUUUUAUUUUUUAUUUUUUUGUUUGCUAAUAGUCGCUAUUUUAGACGCGUAUUCUAUGAUAAGUGACCCAAUACAAAAUAACACGAU